AUGGCAGACGAAGCGCUGGAAAGCUUCAGUGCCUUGCUGCAGAAUGUUCCCGGGUGGAUUGCGGAUUUGGAGACCAUAUUGAAACAGGCGGCAGACCGGCAGCAGGAGAUACUGUUCGAGACCCAACCAGUGCCGGAGGACUCAUCAUCCCAAGAGCCACCCAAGGCGAAGUCGAAGUCAUCCUCGUUGAAGUCGAGCAGGUCGAAGAAGGGUAGUAUGGGUAAGGCGGAGGAGAAAAGUAAACAGAUGUUGCUGAAACGGGCUUCGUUGAAACAUCUCACCAACUCGGAUGCAUUGCGAUUGUCGCAAAGGAAACGGAAGACCGCCUCUGUCGCUUCGGGAGACCAGUCUGGACCUUCCAAAUUCCGGACGAAGGCCGCAGCAGUGGUGUUUUACGACGGUGACACCCAAAAGCGCUUUGAGAAGCUCGUUCGUGCGGUCGGAUCUUCCAGGAAUGCCAUCAGGAAAGGCAAGAUGGGCGCCAAAGUCGACUGCCUUUCGAGAACAGGGUCAAGCAGUAGCGAGGCAAGCAAUAGUAGUGAUGGAGAGGGAGGCGAGUUCAAUCCCUUAACUGCCCGACUGCACAUCAAGAGCACCCGCUCCCCUCGGCCUGGUGCCAUCUUUGGCCGCAAUGCCGAUACGGAGCCAUUUGAUAAGGUCGACGCAAAACUGGAAAGAGCUCAAGCACUUUGCGAACGUGCCGCUCAUCAGAUACUUCGAGAUGGUGAUUGUACCCUUGAAGUCACCAACGCCAGGGAGAACUUUGUCGAAGCAUUGCUGAUGGCCGAGAAAGAGCUGCCCGGCUUGACGAAACGUGCCGAGAAGUCUGCUGCCCGUCGAAGGAGGAGUGAGGAAAGGCACAGAGUCGAAGACGAGGCUCAAGCGAAAGCAGAAGCAGAGGCGGAGCAAAAGAGGCAGUCUGAUCUCAGCCAGAAGAUCAUGAGUGCUGCUAUGGACGCCGCGUAUCCCAGUGAGGCAAAGCUGGAGGUUGAGCCGCUGGAGGCUGAUGAUUCAGACGAUGAUGAAGGAGAGUUCGACAUUGGUGCCGUAAAGAUGGGCCGAUUUGCGCCCAUGAGGCGAUCACCGCUCCCUAUUGCCGCCGCAUAG